GCCGUUCGUUUGCCUCGAAGCCUUUUUGAAGUUUACUUGGAAGGAAGCAAAGGGGCGGGGAGGGGAUUCUGCGCGCACAGCUGCAUUCCUGACAGCGCGAGGGGUCGCGAGACGCUGUUUACGAUUAUUCCAAAAAUCCACUGUCACUGUUUUCAAGGCCGCUUCUAUCAGUUCUGCUCACGUGCGCGUUCUGAGCAGCGCAAGUCUUCUCGUGCCUUGUAGAGGCAGUAGACCGCUUCCUUCCAAGUUUCAGACACUGAAACAUCCGGAGUUUGGUCGUCGCUGGUACUGGAAGUGGUCAGUCUGUCUACCCAGGAGCAAGUUACGCAGCGAACAUGUACAAAUAUGUACAGUAUGGAUUUUAGGAGGACGAAGUUCGGCAGGUUUAUGAACAACCGAGUCCCAUCUAGCAAGAGAUACCAGCCAACUGAAUAUGAGCAUGCAGCCAACUGUGCCACGCAUGGAUUCUGGAUCAUUCCCAGUAUCAUGGGCAGCUCAGUGUUGUACUUCCUCUCUGAUGACCAGUGGGAGACCAUCUCUGCAUGGAUGUAUGGUACAGGUCUGUCUGGACUGUUCAUCAUGUCCACCAUGUUCCAUACAGUGUCCUGGAAGAAAAGUCAUCUCAGGAAGGUGGAGCAGCGAUUCCACAUGUGCGACAGGAUGGUGAUAUAUUUCUUUAUAGCUGCAUCUUAUGCACCCUGGCUGAACCUGAGAGAACUAGGACCCUGGGCUGUCCACAUGCGCUGGUUGGUGUGGAUCAUGGCCUGCGCUGGCUCUGCCUAUGUCUUCUUUUUUCAUGAGAAGAACAAAAUACUAGACUUACUGUGCUACACUGCCAUGGGAGCUGUUCCUGCAGUUGUUCUUCUGUCAAUGCCUAACAGAGAGGGUAUAUUAGAGCUGUCAGUGGGCGGAGUCUUCUACUGCCUGGGAAUUGUCUUCUUCAAGAGUGAUGGCCUCAUCCCAUUCGCUCAUGCCAUCUGGCACGUCUUUGUGGCAGUGGGGGCAGGCAUACACUAUUACGCCAUCUGGAGGUACUUGUAUGCAACGGGGACCAGCCAAAUCAAAAUAUCCAGGUGACAGAUGUAGAAAACCUGAAGUGUUCACACAUACAGGGUUUGUUGAGCUAAAAGACAAUGUAUUUGAUCAUGAGCUGCCUUUGCAUCCCUCUAUAUUAAUCAUAGAUGGGUAUGUUCUAGUACUGUUGGUCUAAAAUAGACUUUUAUAUAGAAGAAUUUCUGUCCUGUUAACUGAGCACCUUCUGGCCAGUGUAUUUUUACAGUUGUAGUCUUAACCUGUUGACAUAAUGUACUGUUUCAACUGUCAAUGUUUACAGGCAGAAUGUGUAUAAUACAGAAGACACUAUCGAAAUAACAUUCCACGUCCUUUAGCAGAGCUAUCUACUGCCUUUUAACACAUUUGAAUGAUAGAUGUUAAUUUAUUGACAGUUGCUGGCUGUAGAGAAGUAUUUCUACUACUGUGAUCUUGUAAUUAUGACUAUGAACAAAAAUGUUAGAAAUGGCUUUGUAAUUGUUGCACAAUGGAUCCUAUAGGGUUGUGAGAUAGGUGGAAAGAUAUAGAGGAUAACAGGAUUUAUUAUCCAUGUGAAAUUAAAAACUUUUUUUUUAGUAAGACCCAAUUAAGGUCUCAUAAAAAUACAAACCUUGAUGAAAUUCUUGCAACUAAAACAUCACUUUUAACAGACAAUUAUAAUUGUUUAUUUCCAGAGUGUUUUUGUGUGGUUGUUCCCAUCUGUGAUCAGUUCAAUGAAUAACUCGUGCCCAGCAGUUCUUUGCAUGACUGUUUCACCUCUUGACACACUACACUUUUCGUUCCAUUGACUUCCUUUCAUACGCAUAUGAAUGCAGGAGACAGGAAACGCAAGCUCAAGCAAAGAUGUUUUGCAUUUCGCUGUGUUGUUGAACUCUGACCUGUGACUUGUGACCAACAGAAGAUUGAUAUGCCAUAGCGUGACCUUUUAGCUGAAUUAAAAGAACGCAAACUUGAAAUCUGCAGCAUUGCAGUAAAGUGUAGUAGACUGAAUAUUUUUACAUUUUUGUACACAAAAUAAGUUAUAUGUUGAAUUAUGUUUUUUAAAAAGACAGAAUGUGAUAUCAUUGUGCAACCAUUGCAGUGUCCGUAGAAAUUUCGCAUGCUCAAAGUCUAGUGUGACCACGGCUUUAGCCAGGAAGCUCAGAUAUGACAGAGGAUGUUUUUAAGCACUGUGACUUUGAAUGUAAAUGUAGUUUGUCAUAAUGCCAUAUUAAUAUGACAAUAAGCACCUGAGACAUUUGUACCGUGGCAAAUUUCAUGUCUUUUGGUUUCAUAGAUUUUUGAUCUAAGCUGUAUUUUAACAGUUUUGAUACUAAUGUAACAACCUGACAAUAAACACAUAGAAUGUUUAAAUUUUACAUAAAAGUGUCUUAAACAAUCAUUUGAAUAAAUCAAGGAAUAAAUCAUAAA